AUGUUUUUCUCUCGCUCGCGCAAGCAAUUGGAUAGUGCGAAUCGAAUCGAUUCCAAGAUGGCGUCUCGAUCGAAAAAGAAUCAAAACACUGAGUUUCCGGUUGGCUCUUCGCACCGAAGUCAGCCUCUGCAGGUCCCGGACUCUCCUCAGACCGAUUUCCCGUCGGAUUACUCGAGCGGCUCUUCUACAUCAACUGGCUCCGCGCUCACUUCCCUCCGCACUUCUGCCUCGUACGACGGAUCUUCCGGCUCGUCGCACGUCUCCACCGGAAAAAGCCGUGGUUCCCGCAUCGACUCGUUCCGUUCUUCUCCCGGACGUUCUCCGCACUCGCGCAUCGGAAAUUCCUCCAGAAGCAAGAGACGAACCAUAUUUUCGAUUCUGACAUCUUUCAGUCGGUGAAUUCCUCUCCUACUAUUCGAAACAACCGGACUUCGAAGCGUUCUCGAUUUCCGUCGACGGCAUUCCGUUUGUCGCCGUCUCGCUCGGAAAUGCCGAUGAUCAGCUGAGCUCGAAGUUCAUGAAGAAGGCUCCGCCCCCGACUCCGAUGAAGAGACACACUCCAGGUAUUCGAGGAUCAUUCUGCUCCAAUACAUUAAAUUUCAGGAGUGAACAGUCUAGAGACUGAUUUGACCGAAUGA